AUGCCUCUAACGCCUCCCGACCACUAUGAUGCAUACCCCAGCAGUGCUCAUGCUACCGGGCAGCUUCCUGCAAUCCACACGCUAGGUCAGAUUCCCAACUACGAGUUGGGAGGACUUGAAGGACAGGAAGUCCUGCCACGCUACUCGCAGUACACCCUCGCGCCAAUCUCACGGCACGCCUACCUUCAAGAGAACAAUCGUCAUGGGCCUUCAAACUACGCUAAUCUCCAAGGCGCCGCAAAUUCUUACGCUGCAUCAAGCGUCCCUCUGCUACCGCCGAUCAGAGUCCCGGAUCGCUCUCUGGAAGAUUAUCAGCACCAUGGACGAUCCAAUCGUGCUCCUAGUGCUCCAAGUGUCCCUCAACCUAAAGAAGAGAAGGCAGUGGGUGGUGUCGCGGUUCACUUGGACUACGAGAUGGAGGACAUGGUAGACUUUGUGUCCAAGAUGGCACAAGGAAUUGUGCUUCGCUCGGAAUCUUCAGUGCAUUCAGACUUUCGCAAAUACGUCUCACAGAUUCUUUCGUCGACCCGGCUGCCGAGCUCGACUAUCCUACUUGGACUUCACUACCUUGCUGAGCGGAUGACUCUGCUGUCGAAUAGUGGCAAAUACAAUCACGGCAGUGGACAAGUAUACCGUAUGCUUACCACAGCUCUCGUGCUUGGUUCCAAAUUUUUGGAUGACAAUACUUUCCAAAAUCGGUCCUGGUCGGAAGUGAGCAGCAUACCAGUCUGCGAGCUUAAUGUUCUUGAGGUGGAAUGGCUUAUGGACAUCAAAUGGAACAUGCAUAUCAAUCCCGACGAUCCGGAGGGCUUCCUGUUGUGGCAUCAACGUUGGCAAGCCUUCAAGGCGAACAAGGUCGAUGUAGCAUUGGCGGAAUCCCUGGAGCAAACUCACAUUGGUGUGUCGACCGCCUUCAACGGGAACAAUGUACAGAGGCAGAGGUCUUUGCACCAGCGCUCCUCUCCAACAGAUGGCCAGACAGCAUCAUACCUUGAUCACCAACUUGGCAACGGGUACAAGAACCAUGUGCAUUCACAGUGGAAUAUACCUCGCUAUGAUCAAUGGCCACCGUUGCGUUCUCAAACAGACUAUUCGCCUCCCGAAACAGGUCCCACUACACCAGAAUGGUACACGCAUGGUGGUUUCGGGUAUGGUCAUGCACCGCAGCAGGCGUAUCCGGCUAUGAAGGUUCCUCCGCCACUGCAAGUUCUUGGUUCCAACGCCUUGCAGUCAAACUACUACACAGCAUAUGCUCAGCAAUACAUUCCUCACGGUCAUGGCAUUACUUGCGGUUGUGGCUAUUGUGGGCCACAUUACGAACGCUACUCCAUGGCUCCUAGCUACGGUCCUCAGGCAGUCGUCGGCUAG